AUGCGUGUUUUCAGCGAAGGAAAACAAUCUCUACCUGAGCCAAAUCAGGAAUGUUUGGCAACAGGGGCAGGAUGCAAUAACCCAUCAUUCACUGAACAUAACUCUCACUUGCUACUGCAACAAACACAAACGCUUGCAAAAAUGGCCGCAAAAGACAACGACAUAACCCAUGAGUUUCGCUUUUUCCGCGUCUACAAAGACGGCACAGUGGAGCUCUUCCGACCCACCACCGAAAAGAUUCAACCUUUCGAUGACCCCGCCACCGGUGUCCGCUCCAAAGACACCAUAAUCUCCACCCACCCACCCGUCUCCGUUCGGAUAUUCCUCCCCCAAAUAACCCACCCGACCAGAAAACUUCCCCUUCUCCUCUACGUUCACGGCGGCGGCUUCUGCAUGCAAUCCGCCUUCUCCCCCACCUACCACAACCACGUCGCCACCAUCGUCGCCGAAGCCAACGUCAUCGCUGUCUCCGUAGAGUACGGGUUGUUCCCGACCCGACCCUUACCCGCUCCCUACGAGGACUCCUGGGCUGCGCUCCAGUGGGUCGCCUCGCACGCUGGCGGAAACGGACCCGAGACCUGGUUGAACAACCACGCCGAUCUGAAUCGGGUUAUCAUCGCCGGCGACAGUGCCGGCGGCAACAUUACCCACACAUUGGUGAGUCGGGUCGGGAAAUCCGGGUUACCGGACGUGAAGGUUGUCGGGGCGAUUUUGGUCCACCCGUUUUUCGCGGGUUCGGAGGACGAUGAGAUGUGGCUGUACAUGUUUCCAGAGAACGAGGGGUUGGAUGAUCCUAGGUUGAAACCGGUGGCAGAGGAUCUGGGCAGGCUUGGGUGUGAGAGGGUGUUGGUGUUUGCAGCUGAGAAGGACCACUUGUUCCAUGCUGGAAGGAAUUAUGUUGAGGAGCUUAAGAAUAGUGGAUGGUGUGGGAAUGCUGAGCUUGUUGUGAAUUGGGGUUUGGAACAUUGCUUUCAUCUUUUCAAUCCCAAACAAGAAAAGGCUCGGGAAUUAUUGCAAAAAUUCGUUUCUUUCAUCCAACACGACUAGAUCUCUCAAGUACCU